UCUUUGUCUGAGGAUUCCUCCAGGUGUGAUGGCUGCAUCCAUCCGUGCUUGACUAAUCCUUUAGGAUACUGUGUCAGGUACAACCCCUUCUCUUUGAAAGACCCAAACAUUUAAUCCCCCCGCUCACCUCUCCACUCUUUUCUCUUUUCAAAAGCAGGCACAUUUGUGAAAUUAUGCGGCAAACUCCUCUUGAUCUUGAUCCCUGAAAGCCUCCCUGCUUGUUGUGACACCAUGUACAAAACGGUUGCACAACGGGGCGGCGAGCUAAUCCACUGUCACAGCAGUAAGCAGGGACACAGGACGGGAUUUCUCAUAUUUGCUGCUCUACGGAGGACAGGAAAUGCUGGUUUUCUAAUCCAAAUAAAACUUUUUCACAUAAACGUCAAAGUCUGCUAAGUUUACCUCAUCAAUCUGCUCAGGAAGUAUAAGCAGUGGAAAAUGCCUUCUGGAAUAAACAUGGCUGUGCUGUUGUUGCUGUGUGCAGGGUGGCGGGUGGGACUUGUUUGUGUGUUCGUAAACCAUGUCAGGUGUCUUAAGAGUAAACAGAGAAGGUGGAGGGGGAGGACGGUGGAGAGGAGAGGGGGGCAACAGAUGGAAGGAAGGGGAGAGGUGAGAUGGGUGGGGUGAGGGAUGUAUAUAAGGCGGUGCGUGUGUCCCACAUCCUCGCCAUCAGCAGCGACCGCCUCCUCUCUCCACACCUGACCGACCCACCUGGAUUCCAGCUCCUCGCAGAAUGUCUAUGCCCAAAUCAGAAAACGGCUCCACCUUGGAGAACGCCAUGCAGCUCAUGAUCCAGACGUUCCAUAAGUACUCCGGAAACGAAGGGGACAAAUACACGCUAAGCAAAGCUGAGCUAAAGGAGUUGCUCACCACGGAGCUCGGCAACUAUCUGGGGAACGCCCAGGACAAAGAGGCCGUGGAGAAGGUCAUGAGCGACCUGGACUCCAACAACGACGGCGAGGUGGAUUUCACAGAGUUCAUCAUCCUGGUGGGAGCUCUCACUGUGGCCUGUAAUGACUUCUUCUUGGAGUACAACGACAAGGGAGAGAAGAAGAAGUGAGCCGCGCCGCCGCUCAAAGAUAGCAAAUAUAGAUGCUCCAGGGAGGAGGAGGAGGAGGCUGGAGGAAACACCCAUCAUGAUCAUCCUGCCAUGGAGCUUAUAUGCACACAAGCAUGUAGCAGCUUGAGCAGAGAUUGAUGGGUGUUGGUGCAAAGUCUUUCUUGAUAAUGUAUAAUUGCUGCAAUACUUUAAAAAAAAGAUAAGUCAGAUGCAGUCAGUAAAUGUGAAUUCUUUGGGUUUUUCUUUCAUGAUUUUGCUACAAUUUAAGAUUUUCCUCCCUGGAAACAAUAAAUGUUAACUUGACCUGUGUUGGCUCUUUUCUUUUGUUUCUUUUUCUUUUCUUUUUUUUUUUUUGAGACAAUGGCACAAGUUGUGCACCAGGGGGCAGCAAGUAGCCCCUUCUUGUCAAUUUUUUUUAUGUCAAAGUGGAAGAAUUUAACUCUUAAAUGUGUGUCACAUUUAAAGAAAUCAGAGAAAAUGUGCUGUGGACCUUUCCUCCAACAUCUUUAAUGAAACUAAAAAAACACAAGUAACCUGUUUCAGAGAUGUGAACAGGUAGUGGCCCCUGAUGAAUUCCUGUUUUAGACCUCAACACCCAUGUUUAAAAGUCCUACUUCCUAAAAGAAAAUAACAGCUGGGGUUAAAGUGUGUUUUUAAGGAGUAAAAUUUAGAAAAAAUAAAAAAAAGCAAUCUGCACAGACACGAUGAAUCUAAAUGUACAACCUUUAUUGGACAGGUUAAGGUGUGCACAGGAGCAGAUUUUGGAGCGAGAAAAAUGGAGGAUAAUCAGAUGGGAAGUGAGGACAGAAUAAAGGUCAAAGGAAGAAAAA